CCGGCUUAGUACCGCGAUGGCCCUCUUCAAAGUCGCGUUUUUGGGCGCAGUUGCGCUUGCCUUAGUAGCUGGGGAGUUACGAUUCCCUCUGGGGAAAAUCGGAGUCGAUGCGGACGUGAAGCAGACGAUUGCUCCGCUCCAGGAGGUCGACGAGAGCUACCGGCUUCCGUCGGAUUCCGUUCCGACCCACUACACGAUCCACCUGCGGACAACGGUCCACGAAGGCGAUAGGCCUUUCAAGGGAAGCGUCGAGAUUCACCUGAAUGUGGUCAACCCAACGGAUAAAAUUGUCGUGAAUAACCGCGAGCUGGUGAUCACUUCGGCUGUGCUGUACCGAGUGCAAGAUGAUGUUCUGGCCGAGAUCGAUCGACCUGUUCCGGAGAAUGACGAAACCAGACAACUGCUGACCUUCCAGUGUGCGAUGCAGCUUGGAGUUGGUGCUUACGUGUUGAAGGUCGAAUACAACGGAAAUUUGCAAAGGGACUCUCCAAGCGGAUUCUUCCGCAAGUAUUACCGCGAUGAGAAUAACCGUGAUCGCUACCUGGCUUCCACGCAGUUUGAACCAACCCGUGCCCGGAUGGCCUUCCCAUGUUACGAUGAACCAACGCUGAAGGCUACGUUUACCGUUUCAAUAACUCACCACAAAACGUAUAACGCCGUGUCCAACAUGCCGGUAGAAGCGCUGGUAGAGGACACUGAUGAUCCGGAGUUCGUAACUACCACCUUCGAGAAGUCACAGAUCAUGUCGACGUACCUGCUGGCAUUCGUCGUCUCGGACUUUGAAACCAGAACCUACGGAAUGCAGCUGAUCCACGCACGACCGAACGCCAUCGAAGAGACCGCGUUCGCGCUUGAAGCCGGCGAGAAGACGCUGCUCGAGCUGAGCUUGUACACGGACAUUUCGUACUACAACUACAUGCCAAAGCUGGCCCAGAUCGCCAUCCCGGACUGGGGAUCCGGAGCGAUGGAAAACUGGGGCCUGGUGACCUACGGCGAGCCGGCACUGCUGUUCAACCCGGAGGUCAACACGUACCGCACCAAAAAGGGCAUCGCAACGGUCAUUGCCCACGAGUACGCUCACCAGUGGUUCGGUAAUUUGGUGACCACGGAUUGGUGGAAGUACAUCUGGCUAAACGAAGGAUUCGCCACGUUGUACGGAUACUACGGCGCUCAUUUGGCCUAUCCGGAGGAGGAGUACAUGGACCUGUUCCAGCUGGACGUGCUGCAGCUUGCUCUUGGACCGGACUCGACUGAAGCAACGCGACCAAUGAACUGGAAUGCGGCUACACCCGGCGAAAUUUCCGGCCUGUUUGAUCGAGUUGCCUACGAAAAGUCUGGAAGCGUGCUGAACAUGUUCCGCAUUGUCCUCGGGGAUGCCAACUGGAGAACCGGUCUCAAGACGUACCUUUUGAGCCGCCAGCUUGCUGCUGCUACCGAUGAUGAUCUGUACGCCGCACUACAAAGUGCCAUAUCGGGCAAGCGCAUGAUCCCCGAUACGAUGACGGUGAAGGAGGUCAUGGAGUCGUGGACCAAUGUUGCUGGAUACCCGGUGCUGAAUGUUCGAAGAAACUACCAGUCCAAGGAGUUGAUUCUGUCCCAGGAUCGUUUCCUAGCUGAUAAGAAGCUUCCCAGCGAUCACGUUUGGUACAUUCCGUACAAUUUGGCUGAUCAGCGCGAUCCGAACUUUGAGCUGAACCAUUUCCUGUGGCUGACGACCAAGGCUGCCAAGGUUCUGGUUGGUACCGAGCCCGAACAUUGGCUGAUCUUCAACCGACAGCAGUUUGGAUAUUAUCGCGUAAACUACGACUCUCGAAACUGGGAGAUGCUUACGGAAACUAUGGUGCGUACUCCUGAAGCAAUUCAUCACUACAAUCGUGCCCAGCUGAUUGAUGACGCGUUCAACCUUGCCAAAGCGGACCUGCUGGACUUUGGCGUUGUUCUACGAAUGCUUACGUCUCUCACCAACGACUACGAUUACCUCCCGUGGGCCGCAGGCAACAACGCGCUCAACUACCUGUACAACAAACUUCGCGGAACGGAGCAUUACGAGGGAUUCGUGUACUACGUUCACACACUGAUUGGCAACAUCUACACGUCACUCUCGGUCGUGACCGUCGACGAGCAGGAAACGCUGAAGCAGCGGUACCUCAAGCAGCUGAUUUCCACGUGGGCCUGCCGAAUCGGCUAUUCCGAAUGCCUGGACAAGACCCACGAAGCGUUUAGUGCUGCCGUUCGGGACAACACCAAGGUGCAUCCGGAUGUCGCUACGGUAGUCUACUGUUACGGCAUGCACCGUGCAACAGAUGAGGAGUUCGUCGCAAUGUACAAGCGGAUGUUCAACUCGCAGAACAGUGCCGAACGAACUCUGCUGAUCGAUGCGCUGGGAUGUUCGCAAAGCAUGGAUCAGCUAGAUGCGUUCCUGACGACUUCGAUCGGUGCCGGAGUUGGAAUCGAGGUCAACUAUUUCGAAGCGGAGCGUACCCGAGUUCUGCAAGCCGUCUACUCGGCUUCCCGGACAGGAGUUGAUGCACUGAUCAAAUUUUUGGACGAUUGGGAUAUUGCCGACGAUCUGAUCUACUACUUGGAGCAACCGGUGUUCAACAGUGCCAUCGCAGCCAUUGCGGCUCGCACAAACACCGAGCAGGAGCUGAACCAGCUGAAGCAGCUUUUCGCGACCGUUGGAGAAAUGGCGCCCGAGAAUGUCGUCAGCGCUGCGCUGGAGACGGUUCAAUCCAACUUUGACUGGCACUCGAGCCUGGAAGGCGUGAUUGUGGCGGAGUUCCUGGAGAAGUACGCCGGCAUGGGCUGGAAGGAAGUGUUUCUCUGUGCGCUGGUAGUGUCCGUUGUGGUGUCCGAAAAUCCGAUAUGGCGCAAGCUGGAGGGAGACCUAGAGCCGGAAGCUGAAGCAGAAGUUGCACCGUUCCAGGAGGUCGAUGAAUCCUACCGACUUCCAACGGUUACUGCUCCAACGCAUUACAAUCUGCAUCUUCGAACGGCAAUCCACCGCAACGAGCGUACGUUCCAGGGAACGGUGGAGAUCUUCCUAAAUGUACUGCAAGCUACCGACAAGAUCACGAUCCUCAACCGUGACCUGGUUAUUCGAAGAGUGACGCUGUAUAGAGAUGGAGCUGAGCCUGAACUUUUGGAGACUCCACCCUUCGACACCGAUCCAAGGACGGAACAUCUCACGAUCACCAGUUCGCAGCAGCUUGCGGUUGGAAGUUACAUGAUCAAGGUCGAGUUCGACGGCAGAUUGCAGGAAAACAACAAUAUGGGAUUUUUCAGAUCGUCAUAUCUGGACAACAACGGAAAUCGUCGAUACCUGGCGUCCAGCAAGUUCGAACCCACCCACGCCAGAUCGGCCUUCCCGUGCUACGACGAACCCCGUCUGAAGGCCACCUUCACGUUGUCCAUUACCCACGGAAAGGACUACCACGCCGUUGCCAAUAUGCCUCAAGAAGGUGAACUGGAGCCGGACCAGGACGACGCCGACUUUGUCACGACUCACUUCCAGAAAUCGACCAGAAUGUCCACCUAUCUGUUAGCGUUUGCCGUGUCGGACUUUGCGAUCCGAACUAGCGGUUACCAGACGGUCUACGCACGCUCGAACGUAUUCGAAGAGACGGAAUAUCCGCUACAGGCCGGCGUGGACAUUCUGAACGCGCUGAGCGCGUACACGAGAGUGGAAUACACCGAUCAUAUGCCUAAAAUGACUCAAAUUGCUAUCCCUGAUCGGGGCACUGGGGCAAUGGAGAAUUGGGGCUUGGUCGCGUACGGUGAACCCGUGCUGCUGUUCAACCCGUCCGUAAACACCUAUCGAAACAAGAAGACCGUUGAUACCAUCAUCGCCCACGAGUACGCCCACCAGUGGUUCGGAAACCUGGUCAGUCCCGACUGGUGGGACUACAUCUGGCUGAACGAAGGAUUCGCCACGGUGUACGAGUACUUGGCGGCGCAGCUGGCCUACCCGGAGAAGCGGUACAUGGACCUGUGGAACGUGGAGGUCAUUCACAACGCGUUCGCCGCCGAUGCCCGCGAGUCGAUCCGACCGAUGACCUGGAAUGCGGCUUCGCCGAGUGAGAUCGCCGCGCUGUUUGAUACUAUUGCGUACAGUAAAGCCGGCAGCGUGUUGAACAUGUUCCGCGUCGUAUUCCAAGACGAAAACUGGCGCGUAGGUCUGCUGGAGUACUUCAACCAACGGCUUCUGGACGCGGCCGUUGCUGAUCAUCUGUACGACGGACUCCAACUGGCAAUACAAGGAAAGGAUGUCUACCCAACCGGAUUCACCGUCAAACAGUUGAUGGAUUCGUGGACUACCGCCCCGGGCUUCCCUCUACUGACGGUUAAGCGAGACUACAAGAACGGUCAAAUCUACCUCUCUCAAGAGAGAUUCCUGAGUGAUCGCCAAUUGCCCAACAGCCACGUCUUCCACAUUCCGUACAAUUUCGCAACGCAAACUUCCGCAGACUUUGACAGUCUUCACUUUGACUGGUUGUCCUCGAAGGCGGCCAAGAUAUCGACAGAAGCAGCGGAGAACGAAUGGGUGAUCUUCAACAAGCAGCAAACCGGAUACUAUCGAGUCAAUUACGACCCACAGAACUGGGAGCUGCUCAUUGAUGCGCUCAUGACUGAUCCCAGCGUGAUUCACGUACAGAACCGAGCUCAGCUGAUAAACGACGCCUACAAUUUGGCUCGUGCCGACCGUCUGGACAUGUCGCUUCCGUUGACGCUCAUGAAGUACCUCGCACAGGAGACCGCGUACCCGCCGUGGGCAGCCGCCAACACAGUCCUGACCUACUUGAACAACAAACUACGUGGAACUGAACACUACCCGGCGUUCCUCAACUAUGUCCACUCGAUGCUGGAUACGGUCUACGCUACCGUAACCGUUGACACCGUCCAAGAUGGGGAAACCAUGCUGGACAAAUAUCUGAGACAGAGCAUCACCACGUGGGCGUGUCGCAUCGGAACUACAGACUGUCUCACCCGUACGGAAGCUGCCUUGAAGCAAGCCGUUCAGAGCAAUAUCCCAGUCCAUCCGGACGUUUCCAGUGUGGUCUAUUGCUACGGUAUGCACAACUCAGGAGAAACGGAAUUCGUUUGGUUGUACAACCGACUCCACACCUCAAAGAAUCAAGCCGAGCGAUCGCUGCUCAUCGACUCGCUCGGAUGCUCCCAGAAUAAGGAGUACCUCAAAGCAUACCUGAUGUCCGCGUUCGGAACCAACAACCUGCUCUCAACGGAGCGAACGCGCAUUGUUUCCGCUGUGUACUCGACCAGCCGAGCGGGAGUGGACGCUAUGAUCGAGUUCCUGAUGGACGAGACCAUCGUGGACGAGUUCAUCUCCAGCUUGGGCGUUGGUACGCUGAACAACGCAAUUGCGAACAUUGCCGCUAGGACGAACAAUGCUGCCGAGCAGCAACAGCUGGAAGAUUUGCUGGGCAAGCUGGGAAGCAGAGUUAGCGCUAGUACUGCGGCCGCUGCCAGGGCUACCGUGGCCAGCAACUUCUACUGGUUCAACACACUGGAGGGGCUGAUUGUGGGAGAGUUUUUGGAAGGAUUUGUUGAAGCUUAGAAAAUGUUUAAUACUGUAUGAAUAAUAUGUAAUAAAAUAAUUAAAUUGGAGAUUUUAAA